AUGUCUCAUUUAUUGCACAAAGUCAAAGAUGCGGUGACGGGUCACAAGGACCAUUCCGGCUCGGGAGGCCGCCAGGCCGGUAGUAGCUCCGACUACAGUAAAACCGCCCAGCAGGGGUCGAAUACUGGUGACUAUGGCAAGUCCAGCUCUGGUCAGUACGGCUCGAACACCGGCGACUAUGGAAAGUCUGGCACCGGCCAAUAUGGAUCGGAUACUGGACAGUAUGGCUCCAACACCGGGCAGUAUGGUUCCAAUACUGGACAGCAUGGCUCCGGCACUGGACAGUAUGGCUCGGGCACUGGCGACUACGGAAAGUCCGGCAGUGGCCAAUAUGGCUCGGGCACUGGCGACUACGGCAAGUCCAGCACUGGCCAAUAUGGCUCGGGCACUGGCGACUACGGCAAGUCCAGCACUGGCCAAUAUGGAUCGGACACUGGACAGUAUGGCUCCAAUACUGGACAGCAUGGCUCGGGCACUGGACAGUAUGGCUCCGGCACUGGACAGUAUGGCUCGGGCACGGGACAGUAUGGCUCCGGCACUGGCGACUACGGAAAGUCCGGCAGUGGUCAAUAUGGCUCCGGUACUGGCGACUACGGCAAGUCCAGCACUGGUGACUACGGCUCCAAGACUAGCUCUGGCCAAUAUGGCUCGAACACCGGUGAAUACGGCAAGUCCAGCUCUGGUCAGUACGGCUCGGGCACUGGCGACUAUGACAAGUCCAGCACCGGCCAGUAUGGUCGGAAGAGCGAUGACUAUAGCCCCAAAUCUAGUGGUGGUGGCAACUACGGCUCUGGCACUCAAGACUACUCCUCGGGCAAUCAAUAUGGCUCCCAAACUGGCUCCGGUGACUAUGGAUCUCGAACUUCGGGCGGAUAUGGGGCCGGAUCUAAUGAGUAUGGGUCGAAAGCUUCGAGCAAGGAUACCUCUGGCACCGGCUACGGGGCGAAAGGCAGUGAUUAUGGAUCCAAGCCCAGCGGCAAUUAUGGAUCCAGCACCGGUGAGUACGGAGGCGGCUACGGCUCCGGCAACACGGGAAGCUACAACAAGACUGGAUCCGGAUCGAACACCUACGGCUCCGGCAUGGAGGGGAGCUCCGACCCCCGCAACGCCACGUCGUUCAAUACCCAGAGUCUCGGCGGCGGCGGCGGCGGCGGCGUAACUGGCGGAGCAUCCAACCAAUAUGGUUCCGCCGCGAACAAGAUGGGCAAUACUCAACGGAAUCAGUGGUAA